AUGUCGGCAUCUACAACUAUACGGCCUAUAGCAAGGCGGCUGCUGAAGCCCAGCAGGAUAUCGCAAACGCCCCCGACCUUCCUCCUACCUUCAAUGCUCGUUCCAACUCAACAGAGCUCCCCUUUCUCCAGUACCACCAGCUCCCUCUACCCCCGAGACAACAACCCCCUACGAGGAGUCUCUACGCAAAGGCAUACCGGUCUACGCCAGCCAGUCUCAAUUUCCAAGGCACCACUCCCCAAACCCGUACUCGACCCGAAGAAACGCUCCCAAGCGCAAGUCGAUAAGGAUCAUGGACUAUGGGAGUUUUUCCACAGCAGAGACAAGCCUAUGAACACCCCAGAGGAGGAUAACGCGCAUGGGAGAUCGUGGGCUGUGGUUGAGCUAAGGAAUAAGAGUUGGGAGGAUCUACAUUCGCUGUGGUGGGUGUGUUGUAAGGAAAGAAAUAGGAUUGCCACGGAGUCUUAUGAGAGGCACAGGCUAGAGGCUGGAUAUGGUGAUUUUGAGAGUGAGGCGAGAGAUCGUGUUGUGAGAGUUACUAUGAGAGGGAUCAAGCAGGCCCUGACAGAGCGCUAUUAUUCUUGGAGAGAGGCAGAGAAAGUUGCACAGCAGGACCCGGAGGUCAACCUCUCGGGGGAUGGUCCAGCUUAUAUGCCAGUGGACUUCAUUGAGGAAGAGGAUGCUUUCACGGACGAGUCCGAGUACGAUCCAUCCCCAGAAACUGGAGCCGCACUCGACCUGCCUGAGCCAGAAGCGAAGCCAGAGGUGAAGAACCAGCCAAACGCUUAA